GUUGCCAAGAUGGCCACCAACACUCUUGUCAUGCUUUCAUUGAAAAUGAAUUAAUUCAUAGACUGGCAGAUUUCAGGAGAAAAAAUCAACCUAAGUUUACACAAAAACUGUCGAGCAUCUCUUGAAGUGAGCGUCAUUGAUUUUCUGUAGCUGUUCCAGUGCUUCAACAUCCCUGAUCGCCUGCACAACAUGAGCUCUCCUAAGAAAGCGACUACUGAACCUCAUGUCAUCAAAGAAGAGCUGAUAGUGAGUGGAAAAUGGCUGAAGCUUGAGAAGACCACAUAUGUGGAUCCCUCUGGAAGCACCAGAACAUGGGAAACAGCAAAGAGAACAACCCGAGUCGCAGACAGUGCUACUGAUGGUGUAGCAAUCAUAGCCCUACUGAAGAGGACUCUGCAUAAAGACUGUGUCGUAAUGGUGAAGCAGUUUCGUCCACCCAUGGGCUGCAACACACUGGAGUUUCCUGCAGGUCUGAUAGAUGACAAUGAGAGUGUUGAAACUGCUGCUUUGAGAGAACUAAAGGAGGAAACAGGUUACAAAGGAGAAGUAGUGGGCAUCACCCCAGUCUCGUGUUUAGAUCCGGGCUUGUCUAACUGCACCACACAGAUGGUGAUUGUACAUAUCAAUGGAGAUGACACUGAAAAUGUAAACCCCACUCAGCAGCUGGGUGAUGGAGAAUUUGUGGAGGUUAUUCUUCUACCUCUAAAUGAAUUUCAGCAAAAAAUUGAUGACCUGCUGCAGAAAGAGAAAAUAGCGGUGGACUCCAAGGUGUAUAUUUAUGCCAUGGGAAUGUCGCAGGCCUUCUUUAAACCCAGAGAGCUGCCUCUGCUGAAGCAGUGAGAUGCACAGAUCUCUCACCUGGAGUACACUAAAGACAGACAGAGUUUGUGUGCUGUCACACACUGUUGUGUAUGGAAGCCUGUUUCUGCAAUGGGAUUUAAAAUAGAAGAAUAAUAAUAUUAAUUAAAAAAAGAGUAAUUGCGACUUUUACAAUCCUGACUUUUUUAUGAGGACAAAAAGUCAGAAUUCUGAGACAGAAUUCUGAGAUAUAAAUUCACAAUUCUUUUUCUCUGAAUUUUGUUUACAUCAUUAUUCUGUUUUUUGUUUCUGUAAUGGUGUAAAAAGAAGGAAUUGCAAGUUUAUAUCUCACAAUUGUGAGAAAAAAGGUCUGAAUUGUGAUAUAUAAACUCUCACAAUUACUGUUUUUAUCAUUAAUUUUUAUUCCGUGGCAGAAACGGGCUCCGGACACAUCGCUGUGAUUAAAUCAACCGUUACUUGACCAUGACCUUAGUGUUUAGCCACAGUUGCCUGAACAUUCCUAUUAAACUAACAGUAUUUGAUUAACAGGUAUUCAGCGUUCGCACCGUUUUAGAAUUUAAAAAUAUGAAUAUAUAGGAUUUGACCAAAUUGAACUAAAAGUUUUGGAAACUAGAAAUAUAACUUCUCUGUGAAUGUUUUGCACAUGUCCUGUCUGUUAUUGACCUUUAAUAAGACAUUAUAUUUAGAGGUCAUACAUUAAGUGUCACAGAAAGAUGCCUUAUUAGGAAAGGUGCUUUGUGUUGUGAUCAGAUCUUGGCAUUAAUCUAGUAAAACAGACCCCAAAGGUGUGUUUUUGACAUACUGUAGCUAUGUUUUCACAUAAGGUCAGUAGCAAGAAGAUUAUAUUGUGUAUCCAAUUGUCAAAUGUGUUCUAAAAUGUUGCAGUUUGUGCUGGAAGAAGCAAAUUCAAUGCUGUUUACAUUAUCAUUUUUGUCUAAUAAAUUUGACAGUUUAA